CGGCGGGCGCCUGGCGCCAGUCACUGCACGAGGAAGCCUGACCGGAGGAGGGGGUGUGCUGAUUUCUUCUUUCCCGCAGCCAUAUACAGGUGGGCUGGGUCAGAGUGUUUCCUGUGAGCUGAAAAGGAGGUGUCGGAGAACAGCUCUGAACUUCUGCCGACUAGUCAACGUUACAUUGUCAAGUAAAAGGAAGGUAUAUUGGAGCUGACCUGAUAAAGGAAGAAGAUGGUUCAUUCUGACUUGGAAAUCAAAGAAUCCGAUUCACCUCCUGCAUCCAGUCAUCUGUUACUAAAUGGAAAUGAUGAUGUGGUGGGGAAAAAGGAAACAGGGUCCGAGAACAACCUGUACAGCCAGUACGAGGAGAAGGUGCGGCCCUGCAUAGACCUCAUUGACUCCCUGCGGGCCCUGGGCGUGGAGCAGGACCUGGCCCUGCCCGCCAUCGCUGUCAUUGGGGACCAGAGCUCGGGCAAGAGCUCCGUGCUGGAGGCUCUGUCGGGGGUCGCCCUUCCCAGAGGCAGCGGUAUUGUUACAAGAUGUCCUCUGGUGCUGAAACUGAAAAAACUUGUGAAUGAAGACGAGUGGAAAGGCAAAGUCAGUUUCCGGGACAAAGAGACUGAGAUUUCAGAUGCUUCGCAGGUGGAAAAGGCAAUCAGUGAAGCCCAGGUUGCCAUUGCUGGGGAAGGCACGGGAAUCAGUCAUGAGCUGAUUAAUCUGGAAGUCAGCUCCCCUCAUGUCCCGGAUCUGACCCUGAUAGAUCUUCCCGGUAUCACCAGGAUCGCUGUGGGCAAUCAGCCAGCCGACAUUGAAUAUCAGAUCAAGUCUCUCAUCAGGAAGUACAUCCUUAAGCAGGAGACCAUCAACUUGGUGGUGGUCCCCGCUAAUGUGGACAUCGCCACCACGGAGGCCCUGCGCAUGGCUCAGGAGGUGGACCCCCAAGGAGACAGGACCAUAGGAAUCUUGACGAAGCCCGAUCUGGUGGACAAAGGCACCGAAGACAAGAUAGUGGACGUGGUGAGAAACCUCGUCUUCCACCUGAAGAAGGGCUACAUGAUCGUCAAGUGCCGGGGCCAGCAGGACAUCCAGCACCAGCUGAGCCUGUCCAAGGCCCUGCAGAAGGAGCAGGACUUCUUUGAGAACCACGCCCAUUUCAGGGAUCUUCUGGAGGAAGGAAAGGCCACGGUCCCGUGCCUGGCCGAAAGACUGACCACUGAACUCAUCACGCACAUCUGUAAAUCUCUGCCCCUGUUAGAAAAUCAAAUAAAGGAGAGUCACCAGAGAAUAACAGAGGAGCUACAGAAGUAUGGCUUAGAUAUCCCGGAAGACGAAAGUGGAAAGAUGUUCUUUCUGAUAGAUAAAAUUGAUGCCUUUAAUAAAGAGAUCACUAAUAAAAUAGAAGGGGAGGAAUUCGUGGGAGAGUAUGACUCUCGGCUGUUUAACAAAAUGCGAACCGAGUUCUACAAAUGGAGUAUUGUGGUUGAAAAGAAUUUCCAAAAAGGUUACAACGCCAUAUGUAAAGAAAUCCAACAGUGUGAAAAUCGGUAUCGUGGCAGAGAGUUGCCAGGGUUUGUGAAUUAUAAGACGUUUGAGGCCAUCAUAAAAAAGCAGGUCGGAGUUCUGGAAGAGCCGGCUGUGGACAUGCUGCACACAGUCACUGAUAUAAUCCGGGCUGCCUUCACAGAUGUUUCAGAAAAAAACUUUAAUGAAUUUUUCAACCUCCACAGAACUGCCAAGUCCAAAAUUGAAGACAUUAGAUUAGAACAAGAAAAGGAAGCUGAGAAAUCGAUCCGACUACACUUUCAAAUGGAGCAGAUCGUCUACUGCCAGGACCAGGUUUAUCGGCGUGCGUUACAGAAGGUCAGAGAGAAGGAGGCAGCAGAAGAAAAGAGCAAAAAGCCAAACUCUCAUUUCCAACCACAGAGCCUCUCAGACCCCUCCAUAGCAGAGAUCUUUCAGCAUCUGAUCGCCUACCACCAGGAGGUCAGCACCCGCAUCUCCGGGCACAUCCCCUUGAUCAUCCAGUUCUUCAUGCUCAAGACGUUCGGCGGGCAGCUGCAGAAGGGCAUGCUGCAGCUGCUGCAGAGCAAGGACGAGUACGACUGGCUGCUGAAGGAGCGCAGCGACACCAGCGACAGGAGGAAGUUCCUGAGGGAACGGCUGGAGCGGCUGACCCGGGCUCGGCGCCGGCUCGCCAAGUUCCCCGGCUGAGCCCGCCCUCCCGCCGUCCCGCCCCGGGGUCUCCAGGGAGCGGACGACCGGCAUCUCUCCCUGCCAGCCUCGCGUCAUUCGCUGACCAUUUCACGGUUGCUCCAGUGGUUAGUAGUCAGACUGCGGCCAUCAUCCCUGCUGUUAGCGCAUGACGACCUAGCAAGAAGCUGUGAUGGGCACGCUGGCUUCAAGCAUCAAGCGACUUACAUAGGGGGUCCACGCCUGCCCUGCCUGUUCCCUGAACUCUCUCCAUCACUUCAGCAGUUACCGAUGCCCACACAGCAUCCUAAAAGGGUCAUUCCAGUUUCUGUAAUAGCCUUUCACACCCGACGUUUUAGGGGCAUUAGUGCCACGUGUGUGAGUGCACAUAGAAGCCUAUUUCUUUGAUUUGUAAUAAACUCGUUUCGACCAGA